AUGUCUUCAUCACAAGAGCCACUAGCUCUGCCAGACAUUAUCGUCGUCAAGAAGCUUGAGGUGCGCAUGAUCGUCGGCGUAGACAACUGGGAGCGUGUCCAAGCUCAACCCGUCACCAUCGAUGCGCGAGUCCACACGGAUGUCUCCAUGGCAGGCAAGUCGGAUCAUCUUCCCUACAGCAUCCACUACGGUAUUCUUGUCAAGCAACUCGAAGCACACUGUGCCACUCAUCCCUAUAGAAGUCUUGAAGCCCUUGCGGAAGGUCUCGCCAAAGUGUGCAUCUUUGUUCUUCAUGCUCCCAAAGUCACCUUGAACGUCGAAAAGCCUCGUUCCCUUCUUCAUGCUGCUUCUGCUGGCGUCCAGAUUGCACGUACUUCUGCCGACUACAUGCUCGGCAACACAUAUCCUGUUCCAUCGGAUAUAGAUCCCACCCAACACUUGGACGAACUCAGGCUUUUUCCAUCUUCCACGCUCGCGCUCGACGACAAGGUCAUUGUGCGUGACUUGGUCAUCAAUACCAUUAUCGGUGUCAAUCCUUGGGAACGAGAGGACAAGCAAAAUGUCAAGCUCAACAUCCUUGUCUACUCGGGCUUGUCUAGAGCAAAAGAGGCCAACAGUGCAACAGCUGGUCUCUUUGACGUGGUAAACAAGCAGCACAACUAUCGCACCAUCGUUCGCAGUAUCUCUGCUUACGUUGAAGCAAGCUCUUACAAAACCGUAGAGAGUCUUGCUACCUCGAUAGCAAGAGUUGCUGUUAUCCAAAACAAGGUCGAAAGGAUCCGAGUCAGUGUCGAUAAGCCGAGUGCGAUCAUGUUUGCAAGCAGUGCAGGCGUAGAGGUGGAAAGAAGCCGCAAAUUCUUCGAACAAGAGGCCUUACAAGAGGAGCAACCUGUAAAAGCGCAGAACCGUGGCUCUGUUGCUCCUACGCCAAGCAAUGUGCCGCUCGCUGAAUCAGCGAGCCAGCAAACCAACUCGUACAGCGCUAUAUCCGCAGUCGCAGUCGAGCAGGGCUGGCAUGUCGCUGCCAUUGCCCUCGGCUCCAACGUCGGCGAUCGGGCAGCAAACAUCGAAGCUGCAGUAGAGGCGCUUAGCGAAGCGCGAGACUGCCUUCUCGUCGACACAAGCUUCCUUUACGAGACUGCACCCAUGUACAUGCUUGAUCAGCGCAACUUUCUCAACGCUGCCUGCCGCAUUGCUACCAAGUUGAGCCCACACGACCUGCUCAGCCUCACUCAAUCCAUUGAAGUCAAGCUCGGUCGCGACAAGACCGGCGUGCCCGACAAAGGCCCUCGCUCGGUGGACCUCGACAUCUUGCUGUAUGACAACCUCGAGAUCGACGAUGUACCUAAACUCAUCCUUCCUCAUCCAGGCAUCAAGGAGCGAGAGUUUGUUCUCCAACCGCUCAAAGACAUUCUCCCUGACUUUGAACACCCAUCUUACUCACGCACCAUGUCACAACUUCUCAUCAUGCUCCAGAAAUCACCCGACUACGAGCCGAGUGGCGUUUGCAAAGUACUUCCCAUCCCUUCUCCAAGCACACGUUCAUUGACAUUGACAAAAGACACUAAGACAUGGACAUGGGGCUCCAAGACUUUCAUCAUGGGCAUCAUCAACGCCACUCCCGACUCGUUCUCAGAUGGUGGCGACAAUCUCGUUGCUGGUGAUGCCGUUCGUUCUGCAAAAGCCAUGGUGGCGCAAGGUGCGGAUGUUCUCGAUGUCGGCGGUAUGAGCACAGCUCCCAAUGCGGCCGAGGUCGAUGCUGACGAAGAGGCUUGCCGCGUUGUUUCUGUGAUCAAGGCAAUUCGUGAUGCAGGCAUUACCACUCCGAUCUCGGUCGACACGUUCAGAGCUUCGGUUGCAGAGGCGGCUCUCGCCGCUGGCGCUGACAUGAUCAACGACGUCUCCGGAGGCGAGCGCGAACCUGCCAUCCUACAAGUAGCAAGGAAGUGGAAAUGUCCCUACAUCCUCAUGCACAUGCGCGGCGAUAGCAAGACCAUGAACGGACUCGUUCAGUACGAAGGUGGUGACGUUGUUGCUGGUGUUCGUGCGGAGCUGGAAGCCCGACUAGAUCGAGCCCUUCGGGCAGGCGUGCGUAGGUGGAACAUUGUGCUCGACCCAGGUAUUGGAUUCGCCAAGGACAGCGCUGGUAACCUCUCGCUUCUUCGCGAUCUAGCCAGACUCACGCAGCCCGAGUCUGUGGCCAAGUCCACCAAGGGCAGGGACGUCGCUUUCUCCGGUGCAACAACACCAGCCGCCCUGGACGGCAACGCAGCUGAUUCGAUCUCUGCCGCUUCGCCGAACGCUUUGACAGCACGAGGCGCUCCCGACUCGAUUCGUGACUCGAUCACAAGGCCAUGCUGCUCCCUCGCAUCCUUCCCAACUUUGAUCGGUGUAUCGCGCAAAAAGUUCCUUGGUCACAUGACGGGUAAGCAGGAUCCGAAGGAGCGAGUCUAUGCCACCGCAGCGGCUUGCACUGCUGCCAUAGCGGCUGGCGCCGACGUGCUCAGGGUGCACGAUGUCGAGCAAAUCGGUGAGGUUGCCAUCACCUCUGAUGCCAUCUAUCGUCAUUGA